AUGUCAAAUUUUACUAUGCUUAUAGUCUAUAUCUUAUCCUUUGUGACUCUGUUUAAUCCUUCAGUUGGAUAUUCACAACGUACUUUUGCUAGUGAUUUUCGUGCUCCGGAACCACCGGCUACAGUUGUUGCCGAAUAUCAAGCUUCAUAUAUACAACAUAAAUGGGAUGGAACAGGCAUUUCACAUAUUGGAAGUGGAAUGAUAUAUGCUAGUCUUGCUUUUGGACGUCUUCGAAUGGAUAUAACAUAUGAAAGUAAUAUUGCAAGUUCACUCUUCGAUUAUGCCCAUCAGAAUAUUGAUGGCACGGUUCCAAAUUAUAUUUAUACGUUUUCACCAACAACCGCUGCGGCAGGAGCAUGUGCCUAUUACAAUGUUACACCAGCUUAUCCUUUAUUUCCACCAAAUGUUCUCGUUGAAUACGGUGCUACUUUUGGUGGUCUUGUUAAUGAUGACCUUUUCUAUGCUAAUCAAGGACCAUUACAAGCAUGGGAUCUUUUAUUUGGUACAUCAACUAGUGUUACAGUGUUUCUCGAUAGAAACAAUACGGUAGUAAGAAUGGAUUUUUCAUCACCUUCACGUAGUACGUUUACAACAACACGUCUAUUUAAUAUUAGUCCUGGCUCACCGGCUACGAAUCUUUUUGAAAAUCCAUGUCCUACAAAAUCACCAACUUCAACGCCAGUUUCUUCAGGUGGUACUCGUAUUCUAUAA